CUAUCCGCAGGCGGGGCAGGCGGGGCAGGGCGGGCUGCCCCAGGUGCGGCUUCCUUGCGGUCCUGUCCACUCCCGGACUGUCAAGACGCGGCAGGGCGACCCGGAAGUACCGGUGUCGGGGCCGCCUGUCUCGCUGGGACAGAACGACCACUGUCCGGCCGGCUUCCUGCCCAGGUGACGGCGUCCAGGAUGGGCCGGAAGGUGACCGUGGCCACCUGCGCGCUCAACCAGUGGGCCUUGGACUUUGAGGGCAACUUGCAAAGGAUUUUAAAGAGUAUUGAAAUUGCCAAACACAAAGGAGCCAGAUACAGGCUUGGACCAGAACUGGAAAUAUGUGGCUACGGAUGUUGGGAUCAUUAUUACGAGUCGGACACCCUCCUGCAUUCGCUCCAAGUCCUGGCUGCCCUUUUGGAAUCUCCAGUCACCCAGGACAUCAUCUGUGACGUGGGAAUGCCAGUGAUGCACCGGAAUGUCCGCUACAACUGCAGGGUGAUAUUUCUCAACAGGAGGAUCCUGCUCAUCAGACCCAAAAUGGCCUUGGCAAACGAAGGCAAUUACCGUGAGCUGCGCUGGUUUACGCCGUGGUCCAAGAGUCGGCAAACAGAGGAGUAUUUUCUCCCGCGGAUGAUACAGGACCUCACGGAGCAGGAAACUGUGCCCUUUGGAGAUGCAGUGCUGGCCACCUGGGACACCUGCAUCGGGAGUGAGAUCUGCGAGGAGCUCUGGACCCCCCACAGCCCGCAUGUCGACAUGGGCCUGGACGGUGUGGAGAUCUUCACCAACGCCUCAGGCAGCCACCACGUGCUUCGCAAAGCCCACGCCAGGGUGGAUCUGGUGACCAUGGCCACCACCAAGGAAGUCCUCACGGCCACCUUGGAUCUGGAGGAUGUCAGAAGCUACAGGGCGGAGAUUUCGUCUCGAAACCUGGCGGCCAGCAGGGCGAGCCCUUACCCCCGAGUGAAGGUGGACUUCGCCCUGUCCUGCCGUGAGGACUUGCUGGAGCCGCUGUCUGAGCCCAUCGAGUGGAAGUACCACAGCCCUGGCGAGGAGAUCAGCCUUGGCCCUGCAUGCUGGCUCUGGGAUUUUUUAAGGCGCAGCCAACAGGCGGGGUUUUUCCUGCCCCUCAGUGGCGGGGUGGACAGCGCAGCCACUGCCUGCCUCGUCUACUCCAUGUGCCACCAGGUCUGCGAGGCUGUGAAGAAUGGAAAUCAGCAAGUUCUGGCUGACGUCCAGACCAUCGUGAACCAGACCAGCUACACCCCUCAGGACCCCCGGGACCUCUGUGGACGCAUCCUGACAACCUGCUACAUGGCCAGUGAGAACUCCUCACAGGAGACGUGCAGCAGGGCCCGAGAGCUGGCCCAGCAGAUUGGAAGCCACCACGUGGGUGUCAGCAUCGACCCAGCCGUGAAAGCCAUGGUGGGCAUCUUCAGCCUGGUGACGGGCAAAAGCCCCCUCCCCGCGGCUCACGGAGGGAGCAGCAGGGAAAACCUGGCUCUGCAGAACGUGCAGGCUCGGGUGAGGAUGGUCAUCGCUUAUCUGUUCGCUCAGCUGAGCCUCUGGUCCCGGGGUGCUCGGGGUGGACUUCUGGUGCUCGGGUCCGCCAACGUGGAUGAGAGCCAUGUGCACCCUUGCCCCUGCAGCCUCGUCGGCUACCUGACCAAGUACGACUGCUCCAGCGCAGACAUCAACCCCAUCGGGGGGAUCAGCAAGACAGACUUGAGAGCCUUCGUCCAGUUCUGCAUGGAGCGCUUCCAGCUUCCCGCCCUGCAGUGCAUCCUAGCAGCGCCGGCCACCGCAGAGCUGGAGCCCUUGGUCGACGGGCAGGUGUCUCAGACCGACGAGGAGGACAUGGGGAUGACGUACGCAGAGCUCUCCGUCUACGGGAGGCUCAGGAAGUCGGCCAAGGCCGGUCCCUUCAGCAUGUUCUGCAGACUCCUCACCGGGUGGGGCGACACCUACACACCGCGGCAGGUGGCCGACAAAGUGGAGCGAUUUUUCUCAAGGUAUGCCAUGAACAGACACAAGAUGACCACCCUCACACCCGCCUAUCAUGCUGAGAACUACAGCCCCGACGACAACAGGUUCGACCUGCGGCCCUUUCUCUACAACACGGGCUGGUCUUGGCAGUUUCGGUGCAUAGAAGAUCAGGUGAACCGGGCAGCGGUUCUGCAGCUGGAGAGGAGAGCGCAGCAGGACCUGGACGAUGUGGACUGACGUCAGGUCCUGUGGGGGGCUCCUCUCCCACCAGGGCCCCCAUCUCGCAGUGGCCUCACUGGUGGCCUGGAGCAGCUCGUCAACGCCUUGUUGAACAGUGUUUCACGGGAGAGGCAUCUCCCCUUACUAGUUGCCAGCAAAGUGGAAUAAAGAGAACUGAUUCCUGA